UCGAGGAGAACAUGUUGCAGCCACCAGAUUGGCUCCCCGAUGGCUGGGUCAUGGAAGUCAAACGUGGUGAGGAUGGCACCCCCUACCAGUAUUUUGUUUCUCCCACAUCAGGAUUGAAAUUCAGGAUGAAGGCAGAGGUCUUGAACUACCUUUUCGCUGAGAUGGAUGAACACUGGAUACAAUCUAAGGAGAAAGCUGCAUGUAGCAGUAUGCUUCCUAAGGCGCACGAAUGGCUUCCAAAGGGGUGGUUGGUUGAGAUCAGAGCAGGAGGUGAGAAUAUGGACAAGAUGUUCAAGUUUUAUGUUCAGCCUGCAAUGAGAGUACGUUUAUUCUCUAAAGAAGAUGUACUACUCUAUGUUAAGGAAAUGAAGAUCACUGAGUGUGACACAGAUGGACAAUGCGACACAAACUCUCGAGAUAAUAUUCUAGCCUUGGUGGAAUUCAACCCAUCUGCGUUGCCGCAAGGAUGGGUCAAAGAAAUAGUAUAUAGAAAAACAAAGCAGGGAAUGAGGAAAGAUCCGUAUUUUACUGAUCCUGUUAGCCAAUAUGUCUUUCGUACUCGGAGGGAUGCACUUCGCUUUCUUGAGACCAAAAAAGUCACAAAACAUCAAUUUAUUCAAAAGACAAGUGUCCAUGACUUGUACUCUUUUGAAAAAUCCGCUGAUCUGCAUGAGUGUUUGCACAAGAGACUAACAAACAAUUGGAAGGAUGCUAAAACACCUACAAGUUUACCAAGACCCAGAGGAUCAACACAAAGGGAGAAAGAAAACUUCAAUGGCCGAACAUUCUAUUGCAAUGACACUGACGGCGAUACCUCUACGGGCUCGAUUGCACCAAAUGAGCUCCAAAACAUUAAGAACAAAAGCAUGGAGGCUGAAAGGGAGCAAUCAAGCUCCCCCAAGACUAUCAAGCGUCCAAGAGGAAGACCACCCAAAGUGGCGAAAGUAAACUCAUGGAACACAAAGAAGGCUAGGACCAAAAGAUAAAUUAAAGAACAUGAAAGGGGUGGAAAGACAUGAACCUGGGGAACCUGCUC